AUGUAUGUAGAAAUAGGCUGCAGCUUUGAUCCCAACUCCAUGGUGGAAGGACCAGAAGAUGAAAUUUGCCAAGUUUUGCAACCUCCACCUCAUCCACCACAAAUGGCAGAGACCACCACAAAUGAUCUUAGCUUUGAAGAGAAUCUCAAGCUGUCAACAGAAGAGCUACAGAAUCUCAAGUUGUCCAAAGAAAGGCUAUCUUACCACCAUAGCAAUUUUCAUCACCAAGAGGAUGAUGCUUCUGCUUCCAUGGAAAUCCACCUUCAAAAUCAUCAGCAGAUGGCUUUUAAUAAUACCCAUUUGAUGCAAGAUUCUUCAAAUCAAGUUUUGACUUUCACUUCAUCUGAUCUUCUCAAUCUUUUCCACUUACCCAGAAGCUCAGCUUCCUCUUUGCUCCCAGAUUCUUCAAUUUCCUUCACAAACACUACCCACACAACUCCACUAGGCUUUGUUGAAGAUCUUCCAAUGGCAGAUACAGCAGCUGCCUCCUCCAUUCUCUAUGACCCACUUUUCCACCUGAACCUUCCCCCACAGCCUCCUUUAUUCAAAGAAUUAUUUCAAUCUCUACCCUCACAUGGAUACUCAUUGCCGGCCUCAUCAAGAGGCAGCUCCUUGUUUCCUGGUGGAGGAGAUGAUCAUGUCGAGGGGAGUGGAGGAGGUGGUCUUUACCAAGAUGGAGAUGUUGAGCACCAGUUUGAUAAUGGAGUUCUGGACUUCACAUGGGACAUGGCUUGUAUUGGCAAAGGUAGAGAAGCUGGGAAAAUGACCAAACACUUUGCCACUGAACGUCAAAGGAGACAACACCUGAAUGAUAAGUACAAAGCCUUGAGAGAUUUGGUUCCUAAUCCUACCAAGAAUGAUAGAGCAUCUGUGGUUGGAGAUGCAAUAGAGUAUAUAAAAGAACUUCUUCGAACAGUAAAUGAGCUGAAAAUUCUAGUGGAUCAAAAGAGAUGUGCAAGAGAAAGAAGCAAGAGACGCAAAACUGAAGAUGAUUCCACAGAGAAUGCUGGCAGUGAAAUUUGUUCUGCAAUGAAAUCUCUUGGUGACCACCCAGAUCAUCAUCAGUCCUUCAACAAUGGAUCAUUGAGGAGCUCUUGGCUUCAAAGAAAAUCCAAGGACACAGAGGUCGAUGUUAGAAUCAUAGAUGAUGAAGUUACUAUCAAACUUGUCCAGAGAAAGAAGAUCAAUUGCUUGUUGUUUGUUUCCAAAGUUGUUGAUGAACUUAAGCUUGAUCUUCAUCAUGUUGCUGGUGGCCAUAUUGGUGAUUACUAUAGCUUUCUAUUUAACACCAAGAUAUAUGAAGGGUCUUCAGUGUAUGCAAGUGCCAUAGCAAACAAGCUGAUUGAGGUGGUGGACAGACAUUAUUAUGCAUCAACUCCAUCUACAAGUUGCUACAUACAAAAUUAG